GAAUGAGACAUUCGGCGAAGUGUCGAAGGAUCAAGGCUGAACAGGAAAGGCAGAAGGAAGCAGAAGACGAGAUUCUGCAUCACAAAACGACCCCUGGAUCGGGGGGCCGUUUUGAUGAACCCAUGGUUCCACCAGAAGACAUGGAAGAGUACACUCCUUCAGAACCCCCAAAGGCAGAAGAGAUGGAGAUUGAGGGGCAGGAGAUGUCUUCGCCACGAGGUGACGUUCAAAAGGGGGUGAAACGUGAUGCCGAUGUGAGUACAGAAGAGUUGGAGAAGGAGAUUCGGUCAGAACCCAAAGAUAUUGAAUAUCUUCAGGACUUGCAGUGGUCAGAGACUGAGGAGAUGAUCACGAAGGCCAUAGCAGCAGUUGUUCCAGUGAAGGUCACAGGACAGAUUCUUCCUGGAGACGAAGGAGGAGGAGAACUUGACUUUUUGGGUCGAAAGAUCUACAAGACUCCCAAGGCUGAUCAGUUGGCGAUGUAUGUCUCUCCUUCUUAUCUUGAUUCUUCGUUUGCCGAGUAUGACAUCAAGAAAGGGUCUCAGGCCGCGCCGGAUGUGGCAGCUCAGUUGGAGAAGACCGACGAGGCAUCAGGUCAGAGGUUAUCCCCAGAAGCAUACCAACGUUUUAGAAGGUGCCUUGGUCGCUUGCUUUGGCUGUCGCAGUCACGACAGGAAAUCAAGUUGUGGUUGUCGCUGAUUGGGGUGAAGCAGGCAGAUCCAACGCAGUCGACAGAAGCAGCGCUCAGAGCAGUCAUGAGGUAUCUUUUAGGUCAUAGGCAGGUCAGUUUGGUUUUCCCUUCACCGCAGUUUCCCAUCGACCAUGUUGAGAAGGACUUGUUGGGUAUUCACAUUCACGGAUACUGUGACGCGUCGCACGGACCAUAUCGAUUCAAUAUGCGGAAGAGCAUUUCCGGUGAAGUGUUGACGUUUGAACAAGGUCUCAUUAGAACUGCAGCCAAGCAACAGCAACCGGUGGCACUCAGUUCGUGUGAGGCUGAAACGUACGCAUUGCAAGCAGCAUGUCAAAGUGCAACUUCAUUGGCCAAGCUUGUGAAGAGGAUCAUGGUGGGCCUGGGUGAAGCUUCGGACACAGACCAGGUCAUGACAGUGAUGUUGACGGAUUCGGCAUCGGCGCAGCAGCUCAUUCAGGGGUUUGAAGAGGUUUGUGGGCCAACUAGGGAUCUACAUGUCUUGAAUCAGGCAGUAGUUGAAGUUCAAGAGGCGUAUCCGUUUGUUUUUGUAGAGAUUUGUUGUGAGAAGGGUUCCCAGUUGCAGUUGGCGUGCAAGACCUCCAAGAUUCCUUACAUUGGCAUUGUGUCAGAUGCGCAGUCGAAGGCGUUGCAACGACAAGUUGGAGAGCUAUUAAGGCAACAUCGUGAAGCUGGACGUUGGAUUCAUGUGCACGCAUCCACACCUUGUUCCAGCGGUAGCCCGCUGAAGGGCUUCACAGGUGAUCGAGAGCCGACUGCAAGUGACGUUGAGUGGGAAUCCAUCUUGAAGGCAAUUCCCACCAUCAUGGAAAAGGGAGAUUCGCGUAGCUUUGAACUACCAUGGCGAAAUAACAUAUGGAAACGAGAUUUGACUACAACGGUGUUGCAGCAGUUAGGUUUGAACCAGGUGUGUAAGGUGUACCUGUGUCAAACGGGUGUUGUGAGCAAGAACAACCUACCAGUAGGAAAGGCUUUAGCUUUUGUCUCGACAAGCAAAGGGUUUACAGAAUCGUUGCAUCGAAGGUUUGGAUCGUGUGCAUGCGCCCAGCAUGCGCCCAUGGACGACGUAGAUUUCAGCAGAACUGCAGCGUAUUCGAGGCAACUUGCAAGAGCCAUCCUUCGGGCAGUCACUCAAGCACGGAAGAAUCCGUGA